AUGUUCUCAAGGAGUCGUCGUAAACAUGAGAGUAGUCUUACUGCCAGCAGCGGUCCAACUUUUUUGGCUUCCAGGCUUACUGGCGGCAGCAGUCAAACUUUUUCAGCUUCCAAACCUUCAAGCGUGAACACCUUUUCAAGUGCGAACACUUCUUCAAGUGCUAACACUGGAUGUGAAAUCGUGCAGUCAGCCAAAGUUAAGGCCUUCAGCUAUAAUGCUCUCAGGUUUGCCACGAGGAACUUCUCUCCUGACAGCAUGCUCGGCGAAGGAGGGUUCGGAUCUGUCUAUAAAGGAUGGUUUGAUGAGCGUACAUUGUCAGCUUGCCAACCUGGUACAGGAAUACCUGUUGCUGUGAAAAAACUCAACCCGAAGGGCUUUCAAGGGCACGGAGAGUGGUUGGCCGAAAUUAAUUACCUAGGUCGGCUUUGCCAUCCCAACCUUCUGAAGUUAAUCGGGUACUGCAUAGAUGAUGAGUAUCGGGUGCUGGUGUUUGAGUGGAUGCCACGUGGGAGCUUGGACAAUCAUCUUUUCAGGAGAGGCUUUGAACCUCUUUCAUGGAACAUAAGGAUGAAGGUUGCACUUGGAGCUGCAAAAGGACUAGCCUACCUUCACAAUGCGGAGGUUAACGUUAUCUGUAGGGAUUUUAAGCCAUCUCAUAUUCUCCUUGACACCGAUUAUACUGCAAAACUCUCUGAUUUUGGAUUGGCAAAGGAUGGUCCUGUUGGUGAAGACAGUCAUGUGACCACAAGGGUAAUGGGAACAUAUGGUUAUGCAGCUCCAGAAUAUGUGUCAACAGGCCAUCUUACUGCAAAGUGCGACGUAUAUGGCUUCGGGGUUGUGCUUCUAGAGAUGAUGUGUGGUCGUCGCGCACUUGACGCGAACCGUCCCCAGGCGGAGCGCAGUCUUGUUGAAUGGGCCCGGCCGUAUCUCACAAGCAAGCGCAAGAUCUUUCGUGUCGUUGAUAUAAAGCUAGGAGGCCAAUACCCGCUCAACGGGGCGCGAAAAAUCGGCAACCUUGCUGUCGCGUGCUUGCACGUCGAACGUAAUAUGAGGCCGACCAUGGAUUACGUGGUCUCUGUCCUGGAAGGGGUUCAAGACUCCAGUGACCCAGGCAAGAAGCCGGCAGCAGAGAAGCAUCAAGAGCCCAAGUCCGCCGGCAGAAUGACACCGCCCAGCGUGAACACUAGCUAG